GCUAAUGAGGCUCCAUUUCAGCUCUCUCCACACCAUCUCCAAGACAUCAACAGCUUUUACACUUGCUUGUUAAGCCAAAAUCAUGUUUCUUGCAAAGGCUUUAUUGGAAGGGGCCGAUCGAGGCCUUGGAGAGGCUCUUGGAGGCCUUCUUGGAGGAGGCGGUCAGAGAAGAGGAGGAGGAGGGGGAGGAAGAAAUAUCGGAGGGAUAGUUGGAGGAAUUGUGAAUUUCAUCAGCGAGGCUGCAGGAGCUCAGUACACCCCAGAACCACCUCCCACUCAGCAGCAUUUCACCAAGGUGGAGGCCAAUGAAAGGGAGGAAGUUCGUCGGUUUCGGCAACAGUUUGCCCAGCUGGCGGGACCAGACAUGGAGGUGGGUGCCACUGACCUAAGGAAUAUUCUCAACAAAGUCCUUUCUAAGCACAAGGACCUGAAGACUGACGGCUUUAGCCUUGACACCUGCCGGAGCAUUGUGUCUGUGAUGGACAGUGACACAACUGGCAAGCUGGGCUUCGAAGAAUUUAAGUACCUCUGGAACAACAUCAAGAAGUGGCAGUGCGUUUAUAAGCAAUAUGACAAGGAGCGGUCUGGGUCCCUGGGAAGUUCUCAGCUGCUCGGGGCUCUGCAGGCAGCGGGUUUCCAGCUAAAUGAACAACUUUACCAAAUGAUCGUCCGCCGAUAUGCCGAUGAGGAUGGCAGCAUGGAUUUCAACAAUUUCAUCAGCUGCCUGGUCCGCCUGGAUGGCAUGUUCCGUGCCUUCAGAUCCCUGGAUAGAGAUGCAGAUGGCCUUGUUCGAGUGUCCCUCCAGGAAUGGCUGCAGCUGACCAUGUAUUCCUAAAGCCAGCGCCCUCCCCGAGGACAGGACUCCUGAAAGCCUCGCCACGCAGUCCUCACUAUGGCUGAUACCCUGUCCCAGAGCUGUCAUUUCCGGCGAGCUCGUACACCUCCCUGCAUGCUUCUGAACUGGGGCUGCCUUUUAGCGUCUAAUUAAAACAUUUUUUUUUUAAAU